AUGCCUCCAACAUCACAAGAGUUAUCCCUCCUCCUCCACCCCAUCGUCCCCGACUCCCUUGCCCAUAACACCCGCGUCCUAUCGAACCUCCGCUCCCUCACCUCCUUCCUCCUCGGCAUCUCCGCCGCAAUCCUAAACCUCGAAUCUCUCUACGGCUUCGCAUACUACAUCCUCGGCAGCUCCCUCGUCUCCCUGCUCAUCCAUUUCCUCCUCGCGGAGGGCCAGCCCGGGAAAUACUUCCCCGGCAACGGGGAUAGAGGGUUGGAUCUACAUGGGAAGCGGGGAGGAGGUGGAAGUGAGAAGGGCGCCAGUGGGGCCUGGAGGGAUUUGUGGUUUGGUGGUGGUGUGUUGACGGAGGGGUUGAGCGGGUUCGUGUUGGGCUGGGCCGGGGUCGGGGGUGUGAUUCGUUGA